UGAACAAGCUUUCUCCACAAACGCAUUUUGUCCUAUAAUAUUAACAUAACAGGCUACUGAAGGGCCUUUUUAAUGCCCAAUUUUGAUUUCUUUAAAUUAUCCCAGAUUUUUGUGUGUGACAUAUUGCCACACUACCCAGCUUUUAUCUUGACAGCGGCUGCGUCCUAGUACUUCCGCCAGUCUCGUGCAGCAGCAGUUGUGUGGACCCGCUCGGCAGUUACCUUCCUGUGGUUUUCUUCUCCGUCACUAACGUACGGGGCUCCGGCCCGGUGUCCAACCAGCCGCAGCCGCUGAGAAACGUUUGAGAAAUGUGUCACCCGUGUGCCGAGGUGGCGAGAGACACCAGUUUUACAAAAACAGAUAAACUAUCAUGAUUCCCAUCACAGAGCUCCGGUACUUUGCUGACACCCAGCCAGCGUACCGUAUCCUGAAGCCAUGGUGGGACGUUUUCACAGACUACAUCUCAAUCAUAAUGCUGAUGAUUGCUGUGUUCGGUGGUACACUGCAGGUCACACAGGACAAAAUGAUCUGCCUGCCUUGCAAGUGGGUGGUCAACAAGUCAUGCGAGACCAUGCCCAUCCCAAAUGUGACCGUCAGUGCACCAGAACCCAAAGGCAUUCAGUAUGACCUCGACCGUCACCAGUAUAACUAUGUCGACGCUGUGUGCUAUGAGAACAAACUACACUGGUUUGCCAAAUAUUUCCCCUAUCUGGUGCUGCUCCACACCCUUAUCUUCCUGGCCUGCAGCAACUUCUGGUUCAAGUUCCCCCGCACAAGCUCAAAACUGGAGCACUUUGUCUCCAUCCUCCUCAAGUGCUUUGACUCCCCGUGGACAACACGGGCUUUGUCCGAGACCGUGGUGGAGGAGAGCGACCCCAAGCCUCUGGGAAAAAUGAACGGAUCGAUGGACAAGAAGGCCUCGUCUGUGAGCGAGGACGUUGAGGCUAGCGUGCCCAUGCUCCAACGAACAAAGUCCAGAAUUGAACAGGGAAUUGUGGAUCGCUCUGAAACUGGAGUUUUAGAUAAAAAGGAAGGGGAGCAGGCUAAGGCUCUUUUUGAGAAGGUUAAGAAGUUCAGGAUUCAUGUAGAGGAGGGUGAUAUAGUGUACCGUCUUUACAUACGUCAAACCAUCAUCAAGGUAAUCAAGUUUAUACUGAUAAUUAGCUACACAGCCUACUAUGUACGCUAUAUAAGGUUCAAUGUAAUGUGCUCGGUGAACAUUCAGGAACUAACAGGGUACAGCACCUACUAUUGUGCUCACCCGUUAGCAACUCUUUUUAAGAUAUUGGCCUGUUUCUACAUCAGCUUGGUGGUGGUUUAUGGUCUUAUCUGCAUGUACACUCUCUGUUGGAUGCUCAGACGCUCCCUCAAACGAUACUCCUUCGAAUCAAUCCGCGAGGAAAGCAGCUAUAGUGACAUCCCUGACGUGAAGAACGACUUUGCCUUCAUGCUACACAUGAUAGAUCAGUAUGACCCUCUCUACUCAAAGCGCUUUGCUGUGUUUCUGUCAGAGGUGAGCGAGAACAAGCUGAGGCAGCUGAACCUGAACAAUGAGUGGACGUUGGAGAAGCUGAGGCAGCGAAUCACCAAGAACUCCCAGGAUAAGCUGGAGCUGCAUCUGUUCAUGCUCAUUGGGAUCCCAGACACAGUAUUUGAUCUAAUUGAGCUGGAGGUGCUCAAGCUGGAGCUUAUCCCUGAUGUAACCAUCCCACCUAUCAUCGCCCAGCUCUCGAACCUGAGGGAGAUGUGGCUCUAUCACACCCCGGCUAAGAUUGAGGCUCCUGCUCUUGCUUUCCUGAGAGAGAACCUGAAGUCUCUCCACAUAAAGUUCACAGACAUCAAGGAGAUCCCACUGUGGAUCUACAGCCUGAAGAACCUCAGUGAGCUGCACCUAACCGGGAACCUGAGUGCUGAGAACAACCGCUACAUCGUGAUCGAUGGGCUUCGGGAGCUCAAAAGGCUCAAAGUGCUGCGUCUGAAGAGCAACCUGACCAAGCUGCCGCAGGUGGUGACGGAUGUGGGCGUGCACCUGCAGAAGCUCUCUGUCAACAACGAGGGUACCAAGCUGAUGGUGCUCAACAGCCUGAAGAAAAUGGUCAACCUGACGGAGCUCGAGCUUCUUCGCUGCGAUCUCGAACGCAUUCCACACUCCAUCUUUAGUUUGCACAACCUGCAGGAGAUUGACCUGAAGGACAACAACCUGAAGACAAUAGAGGAGAUCAUCAGCUUCCAGCACCUGCACCGGCUUGUGUGCCUGAAGCUGUGGUACAACCAGAUUGCCUACAUCCCCAUUCAGAUUGGAACACUUACCAACCUGGAGAGGUUGUAUCUAAACCGGAACAAGAUAGAGAAAAUCCCCAGCCAGCUGUUCUUCUGCCGCAAGCUGCGUUUCUUAGACCUGAGUCACAACAACCUGACCAGCAUCCACGCUGAUAUAGGCUUCCUCCAGAAUCUGCAGUACUUUGCUGUGACAGCCAACAGGAUCGAGACUUUGCCGCCGGAGAUGUUCAAGUGCAAGAAGCUGCGUACUCUGAAUCUGGGGAACAACUGCCUGCAGACGCUGCCAUCACGCUUCGGAGAGCUCACCGGGUUGACCCAGCUUGAGCUGCGAGGGAACCGUCUGGAGUGCCUGCCAGUGGAGCUCGGUGAGUGUCGGCUGUUGAAGAGGAGCGGCCUGGUGGUGGAGGAGGACCUGUUCAACACGCUGCCCACAGAAGUCAAAGAGCAGCUUUGGCGGGCCGAUAAGGAGAUAGCUUGAGCCGAACCUGCUGCUGCAGAGGAAAGAAGCUUGAUUGGAGAAAUAAACGAGCAGACUCAAAGGUUUUACAGUUACAUUUGCAGUUGUGGUGCAGUGUGGCUCAGAAAACUGGCAGUAGUAAAUCAAUUAUAGUGCAACUGACAGCUAGUUUGUUGAGGCAUGAAGGUGUUGGUCCUGUUGUUUUCUUCAGGCUCGCUGUACGCUCAACAUGCUUGGAGGUAUCGUUUUGUGUGCACAAAACAACUCCGUGAUGAACAUCAACAGAUCAUCCCACAGCAGAUCUCACAGCUUAGGCCUUAACUCAGAGGACUGCUGAAACGACAUCACAGAGAAGCUGUCAAAUAUUCAGCAGAAAACAAAUGGGAACAAACUCUACAGUACAAUGUCUAAAUACCCUGCAGUUGUUAAUUUAUAACGUCGGCCUGUGUGGCAGCACAUUUGUUACUGGAGCUGUGGAGAAGUGCACCAUUGUUCUUUGACUCAUUCACAGAACAUCAUGUCUUAACUAGGCAUGUGAAACAGGCUUCACUGUAUUUUGCAUGACAAAACAUCAGACACAUUACUGAUGUGUCUUAUUAAGGUAUGUGAGAUUUAUUGUUAUUGGUCUGUUGAAACGAGGUCAAGGUAAUUUGGUACUUUCAAAUGCUACCACACGUUGGUAUCAUGUUUGGGCCUUUGAAACGGCCUGUGUUGUGAUGUCAAGUAAUACAUGAUCAAAAUGACAGUGAGUCCAACACAUUCUACACAGCAACUGAUUUGUUGUUUUGUUUAAGAAUUUAUUUUAAGCUUCUUGUGGAACGUAUACCUGUAGUCAAAGAUCUUAAGUGACCUUUGUUCAGUUGACAGCGAAUAUGUUGCUUCACUGACUAGAUUGUAAUGACACAAGGUGUCCCCCGGCUGACACGAAGUUUGUAGUCCCUGAAUUAAAGUCACAGGGUCAUAAACAUUCAGAAAGCACCGGUCAAUGUUGAUUUGUGUCUUUAUUAAAUGAAAACAUGUGCAAGCACGCAUGGCACUCAUACACCCAGUAGAUAAUGCGUAGACCAAUAAAACAAGCAAGAAUCAAGAUAGUUUUUGAAUUAUGGGACCAUUAGAUGAUUAUUACCUAAAUGGCACCUCCAAGUGGCUGAACUCCUGCAGAUGUGAGACAGGAGAGUCUUAAAUAGCUGGUAGGUGCACUGCCAGUUUCCAAAAGAAGUGUUGUUGUUGAUGACUCAAGUGCCCAGCUGUUUGUAUGCUGGUCCUUCUAUUUAUCAUGCUUGGUUUACUCAAGGGAAAGCUGCACAUUUGUCAGCUCUUUGUUUAUCCAUUCAGGAGCAAAAUGAGGACAAACAGGAAAUUACAGAGUGAAGGGAACUGGUUUUGACCGACCCACACAAGGGAAACAUUUAUUCACAGAGAGAGUAUACAGAAUUUGAUUUCCACAUCCAUGGUCCAAAUUAGUGCAACAUGCUUUGUCUGCUUGAAACACUUUUCUUGUUAAGACCUUGGAUUUAAUAGCAUCAUUUGGAGUAACCCUGCUACGUUUACUCCAGCCAGGCAUCUCGUUGCUAAUAUGGCCUUAUCUUUUACAAGCUGUAUGCCCUGUUAAUGAUCACAAACAUCACGUUCGUGACUUUUUUAAUGUGUUGUAAAAUGUAUAGCUAAAAUGUUUAACGUCUUUUGUUUCAUACAUAGCCAUAUGGUAUGUUGUCUUAUUGUUACCAGCUGUUUCUUUUUGAUUUUAGCUUUAAAAGAGAUUUAAGGGACAUUUCACUAUAAUGAUACAAUUGCACCUUUGUUCACAGUGAAUUAUUUUAUUUUUUUUCACUGAGGCCUUGGCUAAAUCCAAAUGCCCUUCUAGGGGUCAUUAGUGAAGUGCAGUCCUGUUCUGAAAGAAGAGCCUCAGUCUUGAAUGUGUUUACUAGAAACCAGUAAAAACUGGAAGCAAAGGAUGAGAGCAAAAAAGAACACAUGCCAACAGACAAAGACAGUAGGUCAAAGGGAAUCUCAGCUUUUCCAACAUGUAUAACAUUUUAAAAAUAAACAUUGUUUUUGUAUGGCAGGUCCACCUUGGAAUGUCUGCUCUGGUUUAAUUUUGGUCUUGCCAAGUAACAGCAAGAACAUGUUUUUCACUACAUGUCAUCACCUGUUGGAUGCCAAAAGAUUAAUGCUAAUAGGCAAAACAAUGAGGUACUAGCACAUUAAACUAAACAAAAUAAAUAUAUUAUUAUAGUGCAGUAGCUGGCCAAAGAUAUAGGGACAGGUUGUUGGACAACUUGCAUCAUCUAAAGUAAAUUUGAUAUAUAAUAGGCUCAUUGUAGUGGUGCAGUGCAGUUGCCAGUGCUGCUGACACUAAAAAUCUCCCUCCUGCAGUGCACCGCAGAGUGUCAAAAUAGCACGUUUAAACAAUGUCUGUUAUUGUAUCAAGUGUGUUUUGGUGGUCAUAUCAUUAGAGGUUGGAUAGUCUCAACUAAAUAUAGUUUUUCCAGCCUUAGUAACAAGUGCUAACCUCUUUAUCUGUUUCUUUAUCUGGCUAUAUUAUGGCUAUUAUAUUUUAAUUUUCUGACCUCCAGAGCUCUGACCAGGAUGAUACAGUCACUUCCCUCUGAGUCACAAGAUGAGCACAUUUAACCUGCACUCCCUUUCCUGCAUGUCAGCAUCAGUGAAGGUCUGAGAGGAGGUCAGUCAGCAAUUUGCAAAGCACCAAAAGGAAGUCUUAGUGACUAAUAAAAUUCCCCUUGGUUGAGUGAAAACUCUUAUGCUAGUACUUUAGUAUCAUGUCAUAAGCAGCUUAUUCUCAUCUAAAUAUUAAAUAACUUCAAUAUAUUUAAGAUCUUUUUUUUUCACUCUGUGCAAAUGCGCCAAAAUACGUUCGCUUUUAACUUUGUGUUCUCUCUCCAUGAAUUUAUGUGAAAGUAUGAAAUGUAAAAAAUGGGCUUCUGUUUGUAUGUUAUUUAUGCCUUAAGUUGUGUGCAACAGCAUGAUUGAUAAUUUUUUUCUUACACAGAAUUACAGAGGGUUACAGCAGACGGUCAGUGUUCUGAUAUUUUUGGACACAGCUCCUUUUCCCUAAAAACAAAACAGUACUUCACAACUGAACAAAAGCAACUCUUGACAAUCUAACACUGUAAACGGAGGGGAGCUCACCCUCCAGUGUGGGCAUUGUGUGUAACGGUACACAUUGGUUAAUAUCUGCAAUAUAUUGACUUUUUUUGGGAACACUCCUUUUUGAACCCAAUACUUGCAGUACUCCAAAAAGAAACUGCCAUGAUUGCAUUGACAUCUAAUCUCUACCUAUGUAUAAAACUUUCAAAUACACGAUUGUAUUUACUAUGUACGAUUAAAUCAUCUCUGUAUUCUGGUGCCUGUAGAUUAGGGAUGUACGAAAACAGUUGGUUCCCCUUUCAGGGUUCAGAUCCAUUACAUCUUGUAGCAUGAGUUUGUCAAUCUUGAACUCGUGUGUUAUAGCCAUACGGAAAGCCACCCACUUAACCCCAUAGCAACAAUUGUUGUUGAAUAUAAACUGGAUGGACAGAAUUGUUUCAAUCAGCACCAUCUGUAUCACACGUGACAUGGCCUUUAUCAAUGAAUUGUUGCACAGUGGACUGAACACUGGCUUUUUAAGCAGACAAUGGACAACUGAACUUUGAUUUCCUAAUGUUCAGACCCUACUUUUGUACCAUUCUGAAACAUGAUAAUAAAACAAACACUUAACACUAAA